AUGAACAAGUAUUAUAAUUGGACUUCUGGUCGGUUGAACGGUGGUUCUGUCUGGACUGAUGCCAACGCUCUUGAAACGGUGCACAUGUUGAUGUUGCAGAACGAACGAACAGAUUGGGACGGCGUUGCGGACAACUCUUAUCUCGGUCGGCACGCAUUGAACACGUUAUCAGACUGGCAAGCCUUUACGGGUGGUUAUAUUGAUGAUGCUGGUUGGUGCGUCCUUGAUCUGUGGGCCAUGGCCGACUACAAGACGUUCAGAGGCGAGAAUCACGUCGAAGACGCUGGUCAACUCUACGACAAGAUGGCAGAGAAUUGGGACGAUACUUGUGGCGGUGGAGUGUGGUGGACGACCGAUCACGGCUAUAAGAAUGCGAUUACGAACGAGCUUUUCUUGACAAUUUCUGCUCAAGGAUACCUCAGGUUUGGGAACAAAACAUAUCUGGAGAAUGCGAAAAAGACCUGGGCUUGGUUAGAAGCAUCUGGAAUGCGCAACUCGGACGGUCUCUACAACGAUGGUUUAGAUGAUACCUGUAUCAACAACGGUCAAACUACGUGGACCUACAAUCAGGGUGUGGUGGCGUCGGGUCUCGGCGCACUUUGGAAAGCCACAGGAAACAGAACUCUAUUGGAAGAGGCUGAGAUAACCCUAGGUGCGACAAUCAAAGAUAUGACUGUGAACGGAGUGUUGAAGGAAUCCUGCGAUAGUGUCAUUGAAACUGAUGAUCCUUGUGACAUUGACCAGGGAAUUUGGACCAAGCACCUACAGUACUACCUCAUUUUUACAAACGAAAAAGAGAAGAUAGCCAAAUACGGUUCGUUCUUGGGAGCACAAAGCCACGCAGUGAUCAAGUACGCAACGAAUGCGACAGAUGAUAUUAGUAAUUUGUGGUAUGCACCGGACAGUGAGGGUGGUGCAAUAUAUAAUAUUAAGAGCUUGCCUAGUGGCAUUAUGGCGCAUGUAGCUGCAGCUCAGUUUGGCGAUUGUGAAAGAGUGGAUUCCAUGUUCUAA